AUAGUGUUGAUAGUGGGGUUCCAACGAGCGACUACGAUCCAUUAAUAAUCCGCGCUUCAACCCCACAGUGAGGAGCGAUCGGGCGGCACUUAUUAACUUCGUCUCGUCGGAGUUUAUUAGACUGCUCCAGAGCAGAAAUUGCCUGUUUUGUACCGAUACCAGAGAGCAAUUACCUCCCUCAGUCCAACAUCCCAUCCGGGCGCCAUGUCCAAGUUAAUCCUGUCCACCGGCAACAUCGUCUCGGGCGGCCCCUCCAUCAUCCGCAAACCCGGCUCUUACCGGUCAAAUCUAGAACUCACCAACUCGCUCAGGAGCAACUUCAUCGCCGCCCAGCAGGACUACGCCGCUCUGGACGGCCUGAAUGGUAAUGGAACAGCCGUAAAUGGGAACGGGAACGGGAACGUCAGGCACUUGGAAAAGCCCCCGGUGUCCCUGUGGACCGCGCAGGAGGGGCAGACCCUGUACGUGCCGCGCAUAGACUGGGAUGCCGCGGGGCUGCAGGAGGAGCCGUCGCAGUACGACAUCACCGUGAAGCUGUUCUUCCUCACAAAUGCGCCGGCCUCGGAGCGCGCACAACACGCCCGGGAGGCGCUCGACCUUACCCUGAAGGAGCUGCGUGUCCCCAGUGUUAGCCUGCUCAUCGUGUCCUACCCGGGCAUGUCCUUUGACGGCGACUGCGAAUGGGAGGCCGACAAGAAGAAUGCGGAGCAGGGGGACGACGAGGGAGAGUACGCGACCUGGUCGGCCGUCGAGGAUCUCCAUCGGCAGGGCUUAGUCAAGAACCUAGGCAUCGCCGAGUUUGGCAGCGACAAGUUGGCCACGCUUCUCAAACGCGUGCAAGUCCGGCCGACCGUCGACCAGAUCAACAUCAAGAACUGCUGCAAUGUCCCGCCUCCGCUUGUCAAGUUGGCAAAGGAGCAGGGCAUCGAGUUGCUGGUCCACGGCGAUUGCACAGAUAUCCUCCCGAAAGGCACCCUGCGAGAACUUCUAGGCCAGGGCAUCCAGGGCGCCGGGGUCCUCGCCGACCCAGGCACGGGGACUGGGGGCUUGCAAGGCAAUCUGGCCCCCCAGUGGGUCAUCAAAUAUACGGCGGUCGUCCGAGAUAGAGGGGUCAUUGAGAACAAGGGAUACUUUGCCGCGGCUGAGCUGAAACAGUGAAGCGAGAGAUGCUUCAUCGUUAUCUAGAGAUGGACAUGGAGUUUUUGGUUACUGCACUAUUCUGUCCCCUUUGAUACCACGAUUUCCUUCACGCCAGGUUCACGGCCGAGCGCCGCUAUUGCU